AUGCCUUCUGUUUCUGGCAGUGCAUGCUUGGAAGAUGAUCCCACAGAUAACUCUUGCGGUGAAAAGUCUUCCAGUGCAGACGAGGAUGCUGUAACAGUGACCAGUGAUAACAGGUUAUCUGCAAGUGAGAGUGAAAUGGAGAACAUAGAAGUUACUGCUAAUCAGAUGGACUGGAUUCGCCCUGAUUUGCCCAGCAGAUGUACCUGGAGGCUGGACGCACCGGUUUCAGAGUCACCUCAUAGCCACCUGGAUCGCAUCAAGCCUCCCAGCAUCCUCCCCAACAUCCUUGGGAAAAUUGGACACACACCUCUGGUUCGCUUGAACAAAAUCCCAAAGGAGUUCGGGCUCAAGUGUGAUGUUUUGGCCAAGUGUGAGUUCUUCAGUGCAGGAGGCAGCGUGAAGGACCGCAUCGCCCUGCGGAUGGUGGAGGAUGCUGAGAGAGCCGGGAUCCUCAAACCAGGAGACACGAUCAUUGAGCCCACCUCUGGAAACACAGGUAUCGGCCUCGCCCUCACAGCUGCAGUAAAAGGCUACCGCUGCAUUAUAGCCAUGCCUGAGAAGAUGAGCAAGGAGAAGGCGAAUGUGCUGAGAGCUCUUGGAGCAGAUGUUGUGCACACACCUACAUCUGCGGCUUUUGAUUCUCCAGAAUCUCAUGUACGCACGGCCUGGCGUCUGAAGAAUCAGAUCCCCAACUCGCACAUCCUCAACCAGUACCACAACGCCAGCAACCCCCUGGCUCACUAUGACACCACAGCUGAGGAGAUACUGGAGCAGUGUGAUGGUAAACUGGACAUGUUGGUGGCCGGAGCUGGUACAGGUGGUACACUCACAGGUGUUGCCCGAAAGCUGAAAGAGAGAUGCCCUGAUGUCAAGAUAGUUGGAGUUUAUCCCAGGGGCUCCGUUCUGGUUGGCACUCAGGAGAAGAAUGAGAAUAUUUGCUAUGAAGUGGAGGGCAUUGGAUACGACUUCAUCCCCACUGUGCUGGACAGAUCUCUUGUGGACUUGUGGUACAAAUCAACGGAUGUGGAAACGUUCACUAUGUCACGCAAACUGAUCCGAGAGGAGGGCCUCCUGUGUGGCGGCAGCUCCGGCUCGGUGGUGGCAGCAGCAGUUAAGAUGGCUCAGCAGCUGGAGGAGGGACAGCGCUGUGUGGUCAUCCUGGCCGACUCUGUCCGCAACUACAUGACAAAGUUCCUGAGUGAUCAGUGGAUGUGUGAGAAGGGCUUCCUCAGUGUGGAGCCUCAAAUUAAAGUCAAACCCUGGUGGUGGGACGUGACUGUCCAGAGUUUACAUUUGUCCACACCACUCACUGUGGCACCGUCUGUGUCCUGCCAGAAGACCAUUGAGAUCCUGAAGGAGAACCUGUUCGACCAGGCUCCAGUCGUCACUGAGUCUGGGUGCGUCUCUUCAACACUCUUCAACAAUGUGACUGAUGGUUCCACCUGCAGGAGGCAGACGUUGUUUGGUGUGGUGACAGUGAUUGAUCUCCUCAACUACAUCACCACACACGAGGAUCGCUUGUCACCUGAAUGCUCGCCGUCAAGCAGCGAAUCUCUGUGA